CUGUUCGGCGCAGCAGCUAAUAAUUGCUCUUAAUAGUUAAAUAAGCUUCUCUUAAGUUAAUCUCUUUCCUUUGUCAUUCUCAUUCGCUGUUAGUGCACUCUUGCACAUAACAAAGCAUAACACACAUACAUAUGUAAAUCUCAUCCGCUCUGUUAAUUGCAUACUCCUCUUUAUUUAUAUUCUUUUAAACUCUGUACGAAAAUAGUCUUCAUUCGCGCAACACCUACAAACUUGUCACCCUCGCAUCGAAAUAACUUUGCCUAAACAGUGUCCACAGACUCGGCAUUAAAUUAAUAAAUAAUAAGCUAAAUUAUAUCGUUUUGGUUUUAUUUUUUUGCCUUCGUAAAUGAUUGGAGCCAGAGUUGUCGAAAAAGCUCGACAGCUUCAAACAUUUUUGGUGACCCCGACGUGAUUACUAAUACACUCUGUGGUGCUCGCUUAGCGCGUUAAAAGUUAUUACACCAUCUUGGCGUCGCUCAUCAGUGAAAUUUACAAAACAUUUGUGCAAGAUAGUGCAUUCAAAUUAUCAAUUUCAUUGUGACACAACCUUGUAAAACAUUUAACGUUUCGUUCGAACUGCUUAUAUGUAUGUGUACGCAAUUGUCUUGAGUUUCUUGCAUCCUCUUUUAAUUGCCGUUUCGUUCGUCGCGGUUGGCGCUUUCUCAGCUGCAUCUGCAUAGAAAGCGCGCAAACCUAAAAAGCUGUGUCAAUCGUAGAAGACACACACACACACACACAUACAUAAAUCAAAGCUCAGAUAAUCUGCAUGCAGUGGCUUUGCAUUCUGAUUAUCUUUAUCAUUUUUUCUUUCGUCCGUGGAUCAUCGCGUUUAGCGCCUUUUAUGUAGCGUCUGCACAGCUAUUCCGAAAAUAGUUGUCUCGAUCACACACGUACAUACAUAUGUAUAUACGUACAGUGGGCUUGCAUAUAAAAUGUGCAGAUAAAUUAUAUGUGCAUAAGUGGAACUAUUAGCUUGUACAUUAACUUUGCAAUUGCAAGUGUUCUUUCAAAAGUGAACAUAAAACAAAUAAAUUUGUGGCUAAAAUGAAUAAUUUAGAAUCGAGUGCUGAUCAAGUUCCUGCAUCUCAGGUCACUUAUCUAAAGCGUAAAACGAAAGCGCUGUUCGAUAGACUCGAAAGACUAUAUGCCGAAUCAGACGCGGACAAAUUAAGCCAUAUGGAUUCGUGUGAUUUACGUGUACUUUUGGACUCAAUCACCAAAUUAGAGUCAAAUUUCGAUGCGGUUCACACGAACUUAGAAGAAUCAGAUUUUGAGUCCAUAUCCAGUGAUUUACCUGCGAAAUUUGAAUCAAUUCUACUGAAGUUUAAGGCCCUGCUUCAACGUGAACUGGGAAGUCGGCCAAAUCAACAGUUUUCUUCGACACUUAAUACAAGCUUUACAAAUGCUAAUCCAGUGCUCAUUAUGUCAAAUCGGUCGCGUUUGCCGCAGUUGGAAUUGCCAAAAUUUAGUGGAAUCUAUACUGAGUGGGAAAACUUUUUCUCUAUGUUCAAAACGAUCAUAGAUGCUGACUCUGAGCUCAGCCCUAUUGAGAAGCUCCAACAUCUUCGGUCCUGCUUAAGUGGUGCUGCGCUGGAUACCAUCGGCUCAUUGGAAAUAAAUAGGGCUAACUAUAGCGUCGCUGUGGAUAUUCUUCAACGUCGAUUUGAUAAUAAACGUUUUAUUUUACAGGCACACAUCAGAGCGAUAUUUGGGCUUGAGAAGGCAGAUUCAUCUGUGGGUAGACUGAGGCAGUUGGCGGAUAAGGUUACAUCUCACAUUCGUGCUAUGGAUUCUCUUGCAUCGAGGGAAGAAGUCGCUGAUUGUAUCAUCGUGCAAACAGUGUUGCAGAAAUUGGACAAAUGCACUCAGGCCAAAUGGGAGGAACGAUCAUCAGCAAAUGAGUUACCGUCGUGGGCCAAGUUGUCAACGUUCUUGCAAGAGCGGUGUCGAAUGCUUGAAAAUGUGGAUCAAGUUUUGCAGGAUGGUCAGGUUGGCAAGUCAGGGAAGAUCAAAACCCUGAUGAUCUUGGAGUUCUCACUCCAGGGCAUUUCCUGAUUGGUCGACCACUUAUCGACUUCCCCGAACCAGAUCUAUCUCAGAUUAACUGCAAUCGCCUCGAUCGCUGGCAGCGUAUGACAUACAUACAGCAGUUGUUCUGGAAGCGAUGGAGCGAGGAAUACCUCACAAUUCUGCAACAGCGAGUAAAAUGGCGGACCCCACGGCCUUCUAUCAAGGUCAACGAUGUCGUCUGUGUAAAAGACGAAAACCUGCCACCUUUGAAGUGGCCAUUAGCCCGGGUCGUUGAAAUCAUCGCUGGAGCCGAUGGAGCCGUGAGAGUCGCUGUUCUGCGUACACCCACUGGAACUACACGUCGAGCUGUCAAUAAGCUGUGCGUCCUUCCGGUUGAUGAUCCUGUUAAAAGUCAUGGUCUUUUAACGGUGGGGAGGAUGUUCGGCGCAGCAGCUAAUAAUUGCUCUUAAUAGUUAAAUAAGCUUCUCUUAAGUUAAUCUCUUUCCUUUGUCAUUCUCAUUCGCUGUUAGUGCACUCUUGCACAUAACAAAGCAUAACACACAUACAUAUGUAAAUCUCAUCCGCUCUGUUAAUUGCAUACUCCUCUUUAUUUAUAUUCUUUUAAACUCUGUACGAAAAUAGUCUUCAUUCGCGCAACACCUACAAACUUGUCACCCUCGCAUCGAAAUAACUUUGCCUAAACAGUGUCCACAGACUCGGCAUUAAAUUAAUAAAUAAUAAGCUAAAUUA